UUGCCGCAUGGAAGUCGCCCAGGCAAGGCAGAAUAUCAUCUCUCUGAGCCGGACGUCUUCUCUCCAUUUGCCCACCAGACACAGCACACUCACAUUUACCGGGAUUCCACGGGAUAUAACGGCAUUUAUCCGCUGACCGACUAUCAGGAGAGUCUAAAUCCCGGCUUCAUUCCAGCAGAGGGGCGAUAUUUCUUAGUCAGAUGUAACAACACAAAAAACACGUAACGGAUCACCAAGUGCGCAAAAGCCGCAUUACGCACGGCGAAUUCUUUUCUUUUUCUAUCUAUUUUCAAAUUCACCCAUCAAUUCUCUGCACGGACAAACCGGGGACUGGAGGCGGGGGGUACUUCCAUGCUAUGGAGUCCUGAUUUUACCAAGCGACCCAGAGGGAGGCUUGAAACUGAGAAAAUUCGUCGUGCCGUGCUGGAAUAUUAAUAGCCAAAUCCUAAUAAUAAUCAAGGGGAUAUCGCAGCAGAGUUUGGGACUCUCGAGAGCACCCCAACUUUUUUUCUUCCUUUUUUUUGUUUCCGUUUUUAAUCUCUUCCCCUCUUAUCUUCUCCGCCUGUGGGACUUGUAUUUUCGUGACUGAUUAGCAGUAAGCUACUUCACUUUCUGUCAUGGACCGCUCGACGUCUUUGGAUAUAGAAGCGCUCAAGAUGACCCAGGAGCAGUAUAUCCUUGCAGCACAGCCCAACCCCCUCCACCAGAGAGGGGCUUCAGUUUGUGGUGCGCAGGUUUAUCCAGCAGUGGGAAUCUAUGGCUGGAGAAAGAGAUGCUUGUACUUUUUCAUCCUCCUCCUCCUCGUCACCAUGAUUGUCAACCUGGCACUGACCAUCUGGAUUCUCAAAGUCAUGAACUUCACUCCGGAUGGUAUGGGGAAUCUCCGGGUGACCAAAGAAGGAGUGAGACUUGAAGGAGUGUCAGAAUUCUUAUUGCCUUUAUAUGUGAAAGAGAUCCAGUCUCGUAGGGACAGUCCACUGAUCCUCCAGUCAGACAGAAAUGUGACUGUCAAUGCUCGGAAUGAACAGGGACAACUGACUGGUCAGCUAACUGUGGGUUCAGAAAUGGUGGAGGCUCAGUGUCAGAGGUUUGAGGUGAGGAAUGCUGAUGGAGAGAGAGUUCUGUUCUCUGCAGAUGAAGAAGAGAUCACCAUCGGUACUGAGAAACUCAAAGUCACAGGAAAUGAAGGAGUAGUGUUCAGUCAUUCUGUAGAGACGUCACAUGUAAGAGCAGAACCUUCCCAGGACCUAAAGUUGGAAUCCCCAACUCGGACCCUAACUCUAGAGGCCCCCAGAGGUGUGGAGGUCAGUGCUGGAGUGGGAGAUUUUACGGCAUCUUGUAGAAAAGACCUCCUCUUGCAGUCCUCAGAAGGAGAGAUCUUUCUAGAUGCCAACACUAUCAGACUGGGCAACAUUCCCCUUGGUAGUGCUGUGGAUCCCCUGGAGGGAGCGCCUGCAGGUACCACCUACACCAAACAGACUGUGUACGAGCUUUGUGCCUGUGCUAACGGCAAGCUCUACCUGUCCCCUGCUGAGAAAGGCUCUACUUGCCAAACCACCAGUAACUUUUGUCUCUGGAGCUGAAAGCGGGAGGUCGAAAUACACACGGGACAUAUGGACGAUUGAGUUUGAAGCUAAUAUAGCCAACAGACUGAAUCACCAUGGAUUUAUGGCUUGAUGGGAAGCUUUUGCCAGCUAACAGACUGAAUCAGCAUGAACUGUAACAAGGCGACAAUUUCAUGUCUGUUCACCAAUCAAAUAAUAUGGAUUACAGCUUGGCAGGAAGCUAAUGGUUGCUAACAGGCCAAAUCAACAUAGACUGUAGCUCGGUGUUAAGCUAAUGCCAACUAAAGGACUAAAUCAACAGAGACUAGAGCUUGAGCAAAGCUAAUACCAGCUCACUGGUUGAAUUAAUGUGUUGGUGGGUAGCCAAUGCCAGUCCAGAGCAUGGAUAACUUUGUGGGACACAAAAGCCAACAAGAUCAGCUGAUGGGUUUCAUGCUUAGACCACUCUUGGACAUAUGUGAGCAGUCUCCUUCUGGGGCUGUUGUUGAGUGUCUUUCCCAUUGUUUAAUUGCUGCCAUGAUGAUUGCUGAAGGUCGCAAAGACGUUGGUUUUUUUUUUUAUGAACAGCAACCUUUGUGUGUUCAGAAAAUAGCCAACAUGUCCUGACAAGACAUACACUUGUUGCUAUAAUAUGAUGAAGGAACACAUACUUGGCAGUGACAUGGACAUGAAAACUUGGUUAUCAGUUGGCUAACAGACAUCAAUGAUGACAUUUGUUUACCCCAGUGGGUAGCUAACAAGAAAAUCAAAAUAUAGUUUUGUCUCUAGGGAAGCUAAGGCUAGCUAACGGACCAAUCUAUACCAGAAAGGCCUUCUCCCUCUAUUUCCUCUCCAGCCCUUCAACUCAAACAUUGACAUGUGACUCUUCUGCAUUAAUCCGCACCUGAUAGUAAAAAUGUUCUCUAUCCCCACUUUUCAUAUGAUAACUAAUGCAAAUUAUUGUUAUUUAACCAUUGUAUUCACCAGCUUCUU